GUCUUCCACGAAAGUACCUUGGAAUCCAAAGUUAUUUUACUACCAACAAGUUGCAUUUUCUCUAUACAAACCUAUCUUUUUCUGGUUUGGAGGUUUCAUUUUGGGUCUGCGUAAUUUCUUCUUCCCUCAAUUCAUCGUUCACUUCCUUUGCAAGAGAAACAGAAAUGGCAGGGGCUUUAGUUGGAGGUGCGUUUCUCUCAGCUUCUCUCCAAGUUCUAUUUGACAGGUUGGCUUCUCGCGAGGUUGUGAGCUUCAUCCGGGGGCAGAAGCUCAGCGAUGUGCUCCUGAAGAAGUUGGAAAGGAAGUUGUUGGUCGUCCAUGCAGUGCUCAACGAUGCUGAGGUCAAACAGUUUACAAAUCCAUAUGUGAAGAAGUGGCUGGUCUUGCUUAAAGAGGUCGUGUAUGAUGCGGAGGACAUAUUGGAUGAGAUCGCCACAGAGGCUUUGCGACACAAGGUGGAGGCUGCGGAGUCCCAAACCAGCACAAGUCAGGUGGGUAACAUCAUGGACAUGUCAACGUGGGUUCUCGCUCCAUUUGAUGGUCGGGGCAUAGAGUCUAGGGUGGAGGAGAUCAUUGAUAGACUAGAAGAUAUGGCACGAGACAGAGACGUCCUCGGGUUGAAAGAAGGCGUUGGUGAGAAAUUGGCACAAAGGUGGCCUUCUACUUCUUUGGUAGAUGAAUCUCUUGUCUAUGGCAGGGAUCAAAUUAAGGAGAAGAUGGUUCAACUGUUGCUGUCUGAUAAUGCAAGGAGUACUGAUGCCAUGGGUGUGAUCUCCAUAGUCGGCAUGGGUGGCACAGGCAAAACCACACUUGCCCAGCUGCUCUACAAUGACCAAAGGGUGAAGAAACACUUCGAUCUCAAGGCAUGGGUUUGUGUUUCCGAAGAAUUUGAUCCUAUCAGAGUUACGAAAACAAUUCUCGAGGCAAUCAAUUCAUCCACGUCCAAUACCACUGAUCUAAAUCUACUUCAGGUUCAACUGAAGGAGAGAAUUAAUAUGAAGAAAUCUCUACUUGUCCUAGAUGAUGUUUGGAACGAAGACUCUUGUGACUGGGAUGCGCUACGAACUCCACUCAUAGUCGGGGCAAAGGGAAGCAAGAUUAUUGUAACUACGCGAAGCACCAAGGUUGCAUCUGCCAUGCGUGCAGUCCAUACUCAUUGUUUAGGUGGGUUAUCCUUUGAAGAUGGUUGGUCCCUGUUCAAAAAACUUGCAUUUGAAAAUGGAGACUCAAGUGGGCAUCCACAACUAGAAGCAAUCGGAGAAAAGAUUGUCCACAAGUGCCAAGGUCUACCGCUGGCUAUAAAAGCAAUGGGGAGUCUCUUACACUCCAAGGUUGAAGCAAGAGAAUGGGAUGAUGUAUUAAACAGUGAAUUAUGGGAUUUGCCCACAGAUGCGGUUCUUCCUGCUCUGAGGUUGAGUUAUUAUUACCUGCCUUCACAUCUAAAAUGUUGUUUUUCUUAUUGUUCAAUCUUUCCCAAAAACUACGAAUUCAAAAAGAAGAAGCUUGUUUUGUUAUGGAUGGCAGAAGGUUUGUUGGAACAAUCAAAAAGCAAGAAAAGAAUGGAGGAGGUAGGCAAUUUGUACUUUCAAGAACUUUUAUCAAAGUCAUUUUUUCAAAAUUCAAUUAGCAAUGAGUCAUGUUUUGUAAUGCAUGACCUUGUUAAGGACUUGGCACAAUUGGUAUCCGGAGAAUUUUCUAUUUCUUUGGAGGAUGGUAAGAUGGACAAAGUCUCAGAGAAGACUCAUCAUUUAUCGUAUUUGAUUAGUCCAUAUGAUGUAUAUGAGAGAUUUGACCCACUUUCUCAAAUUAAGUAUCUCCGAACAUUUUUAGCAAGAGGCGAAUAUUGGCACCUUGCAUAUCAAUACUUAAGUAAUAGAGUUCUACACCAUCUAUUGCCGGAAAUGAAAUGUUUACGAGUGUUGUGUUUGAAUAAUUAUCGUAUUACUGAUUUGCCUCAUUCGAUUGAGAAGUUGAAACACUUGCGCUACUUGGAUCUCUCUACGACAAUGAUUCAAAAGUUGCCUAAAUCAGUUUGUAAUUUAUACAAUUUACAAACAAUGAUGUUAUCAAAUUGUGUGCUUCUCAUUGAAUUACCUUUAAGGAUGGAAAAAUUGAUUAAUUUGCGUUACCUUGAUAUUAUUGGUACCGGGGUGAAAGAGAUGCCAAGUGAUAUAUGUAAGCUAAAGAAUUUACAAUCCCUUUCUACAUUUAUUGUGGGCCAAAAUGGUGGGUUAAGUUUGGGAGCAUUGAGGGAACUUUCAGGAAGUCUUGUCCUUUCAAAGCUAGAGAAUGUAGCAUGUGAUGAGGAUGCAUUAGAAGCCAAUAUGAAGGAUAAAAAGUACCUUGAUGAGUUGAAGUUUGAGUGGGAUAAUGAGAACACUGAUGUUGGUGUUGUGCAAAAUAGAAGGGAUAUACUCAGCAGCUUACAGCCACAUACAAACGUCAAGAGACUCCAUAUUAAUUCUUUUAGUGGUUUAAGCUUUCCAGUUUGGGUAGGAGAUCCUUCAUUCUUCAAUCUUGUUGACCUGGGGCUUCAGAAUUGUAACAAUUGCUCGUCAUUGCCACCACUCGGGCAGCUACCCUCUCUUAAACAUCUUUCUAUCUUACAAAUGAAAGGAGUUAAAAUGGUGGGUAGUGAAUUUUAUGGGAAUGCUUCUUCCUCCAACACAAUUAAGCCCUCCUUCCCGUCCCUACAAACUCUAAGGUUCGAGAGGAUGUACAACUGGGAGAAAUGGUUAUGUUGUGGAUGCAGACGUGGAGAAUUCCCUCGUCUUCAGAAGCUUUGUAUAAAUGAAUGUCCCAAACUCAUUGGGAAAUUACCAAAACAGCUUCGUUCAUUGAAGAAACUUGAAAUCAUUGAUUGUGAGUUGCUUUUGGGCUCCCUCCGAGCUCCUCGAAUCCGUGAAUGGAAAAUGUCGUAUCAUGGUAAAUUUCGGUUGAAAAGGACAGCUUGUGGGUUCACUAAUCUCCAGACUUCAGAAAUUGAAAUUUCACACAUCUCUCAAUGGGAGGAACUGCCACCACGAAUACAGAUACUAACAAUCAGAGAAUGUGAUUCGAUAGAGUGGGUAUUGGAGGAGGGGAUGCUACAAAGAAGCACAUGUCUUCUCCAACAUUUGCACAUCACAAGUUGUCGUUUCUCCAGACCCUUGCACAGUGUUGGUUUGCCCACUACAUUGAAGUCACUCCAUAUCUGUAAGUGUACCAAACUGGAGUUUCUCCUGCAUGCGCUAUUGAGAUCUCACCAUCCAUUCCUUAAACGUUUAUCCAUUUCUGAUGUUAGCAGCUGUAAUUCUUUCUCAUUAUCUUUCUCAUUAAGCAUCUUCCCACGGUUGAACAGUCUCAACAUCUCUGAUUUUGAAGGGUUUGAAUUCCUCUCCAUCUCCGUUUCUGAGAGGGAUCCCACGUCUCUUAAUUAUUUAACUAUCGAAGACUGUCCUGAUCUGAUAUAUAUUGAAUUGCCCGCUCUCGAGUCUGCACGCUAUGAGAUCUCCAGAUGUAGGAAGCUGAAGUUGCUGGCGCAUACACACUCAUCGUUGCAGGAAUUGCGGUUAAUAGAUUGUCCAGAAUUGUUGUUUCAGAGAGAUGGUUUGCCCUCCGACCUACGUGAUCUUGAAAUUUCAUCCUGCAACCAACUCACAUCUCAGGUGGAUUGGGGUUUGCAAAGACUGGCCUCUCUUACAAUAUUCACAAUCAAUGAUGGAUGCCGAGACAUGGAAUCAUUUCCCAAUGAGUCCCUACUGCCCUCCACACUUACCUCUCUUUACAUAUCUAAUCUUCCAAAUCUCAAGUCUCUGGACAGCAACGGGCUUCGACAUCUUACCUCUCUAUCAACAUUAUACAUCUCCAAGUGCCCUAAGUUCCAAUCCUUCGGAGAAGAGGGGCUUCAACAUCUUACCUCUCUUGAAAAUUUACAGAUGUACUCACUCCCUAUGCUUGAAUCCUUGAGAGAAGUAGGUCUUCAACACCUCACCUCUCUUAAAGCAUUGUCUAUCUCCCGCUACCAUAAUCUCCAAUACUUGACAAACGAGAGACUGCCAAACUCGCUCUCUUUCCUGGAAAUCCAGAGUUGUCCUUUGUUGAGGCAUAGGUGCCAAUUUGAGAAAGGCCAAGAUUGGGAAUAUAUAGCUCACAUUCCACGCAUAGUAAUAGAUCGUGUGCUAUACUAGUGACUAAUGAAGGUGGUGAUUCCACAUACAUUAAGACUUGGGUGUGCCAUACAGUCAGUCAGGUUAACACAAGUCUCCUUAUACACAAACUUGUAAGAUUCCAUUGCCUAUGGUGAGACAGACAAGGUGCCAAGUAGCCCUCCACGUAUCAGAGACUUGUGUUCUUGAUAUAUGACUAUGAUCUUUCCAAUCAAACAAUAUUUCAUGAGUCUCCCCCUGGAAAGGCAGAAGCAAACACACACAUCUGAGACUAUUCCAUUGGAAAUUUACAAUAUGCCCUGCGUCAAUAUUUCCUGCCCUGUUGUUGGAGAUUUGAGGGUGCAGAAUUCUGCCCUUUGACUUCAGAUAUUUUCUCUUAUGCUACAAGCCUGAAAACAAAGAAGUGAAGAGGUGUGGAGGAAGACUGACAAUAG